CACAGAGGAGAUAUCUAUGCGAUUUGACUUGCUAAGGCCGACUUUCACGAAGAAAGGUGCAGCCCAGGAGCAUGUCCGCUGUGUUUAAUGCAAGAAUGUAAACUUCGGGUUCCUGCUUUCAGGAGGGAACCCCUGGCUCUCAUGAACUUGAAGAAGAAAAACAAAGAGACCGGUGAACAGGAGGCGUCCUCUCCCUUAGCCCACUAUAAGACGAAAGCUACCAGGCACAUAUUCCUCAUACGCCAUUCUCAGUACAAUCUGGACGGGCAACAGGACAAGGACAGAAUCUUAACAAAGCUGGGUCGUGAGCAAGCUGAGCUGACCGGGAUGAGACUUGCAAGUCUGGGGCUGAAAUUUGAUAAAAUUGUCUAUUCUUCAAUGGCCAGAGCGACGGAAACAACCAACAUUAUUAGCAAACAUCUUCCUGGGGUGACCAAGCUGAGCACGGAUCUCCUGCGCGAAGGAGCUCCCAUUGAACCAAAUCCUCCCAGUUCUCACUGGAAGCCUGAAGCUGUGUAUUACGAAGAUGGCGCUCGCAUUGAGGCCGCGUUCCGAAACUACAUUCACCGAGCCGAUAUCACACAGGAAAUGGACAGCUACGAAAUCUUCGUUUGUCACGCGAACGUUAUUCGCUAUAUUGUCUGCAGAGCGUUGCAAUUUCCUCCGGAAGGCUGGCUACGGAUAUCCCUCAACAACGGGAGCAUCACUCACCUGGUGAUCCGUCCCAACGGAAGGGUGGCCCUCCGCCUGCUGGGUGACACGGGGUUUAUGCCGCCAGAGAAGAUCACCCGCAACUGACUCGUUGUGAACCAAGAAGACAAAGCUACUUUCAGGUCAGGCCAACCCUUUCCCUCAAAAGCUACAGGCUCCCUCAGCUGGACUUUUUGUCAGUCUCAGACUGUUUAAUUACACGCUAAGAUUUUGCACUAGUAGCUCGUGGUGUGCGAUACUGACCGUUGGAGAGAAUUGGAGAGGACUUGCCUCCUUCGCGGCUACAAAACAACAAUGCUGGUGGCCUCUGACCACUGGUGGCCUAUCCAAGGGUUAUUUUUUUCCUCCCUUUCAUAUUCUGGGGGGUAGCCAGAAGUGCUCCGAAGUCCAGCGAGAUUACAUGUUGAGUACUGAAAUCGGUGUAAAGCCAGAAGUCACCAGAUCCAGUAAUUCCGAAGAGGAGUGAGGCGAAGUCUUGAAAGCGGCGCUCCAAUUUGCACACGGGCUCGGAAAAUAUACUUUUAUGAUUAAAAAAUCUGGAGGCGGCAUCUGUAGUUAGAGGGAGCCGCCCUCCAAAGCCGCGCUGGAAUAAAAGCAUAGGAUUGUCUGCGCUCUCCUCUCUUCCAAGCCCUGUCUAGUUACUUGGUCUUUUAUUGGAAGACAUUUUGCUACAAGUGUCUGUUUCCUAAAAAAAAACCAACCAACCCACCCUAAACAGGAGCCUUUCUUGGCCGUUCAUAAUUGUCACGGGUUACCAUCGAUUCCCCUAAAGCCACCAUCCAAUUGGAAGGAUAAGCUAUUCGGUUUUAUCCUUCUGUGUCUUGGCCCAGGUGGCCAAGCCUUUGGAGAGAGUCCCUUUAUUUCUCUCAACAAAUGGUCCGGCCAAUGACCGGUAAGGAUCCAUCCCCACCCCACCCUCAGUCUCCCUGUAGCACAAAAAAAGCCCAGCGUAGGAAUACCCUCACAGGGCAAGGCCCAGGGUUCACAGGUCCAGUCCACAAGGCAGAGUCCAGGCACAAAGAGAAGGUCCCAAGGCGAGAAACCAUCCGCAAGAGAAGGUCGAAGACCAAAAGGUGAAGAGCAGAUCUUCCACGCGAGGCAAGGCAAGCCAGCAAGAGGCCAGGGGGAGCGCAAGCCAAAGCAAACCAUGGUUCCCGCCAGGGACUAACUCCCCAUGGCUUCUCCUUAAGUUACUCCCCUCCAGAUGUCCUUUGUGAGGAGCGGUGGGGGUGGCCUCCUCCCGAGUAGCCUCGCAGGCCUUCUCUGAGCUUGCCUACAUUCUCCGAGGCCUUGGAUCAGUGGAGGAGGCAGCUGUUCCUCACCAGAGGGGACCUGACCGUUAGCACCACUGCUGGCCAACAGCUGACCCUCCGUGUCUGGGAAGGCAGGCAGCUCUCCGUCCAGUCGACCCCCUCCCCAUGUCUGAGGGACCCGGAACAGCAUCGCCCUCCAGCCUCUCCAAGGUGGCCGGUCCAUCCCUGUCGGACGGCUCCAGUUCCAACUCCUCUUCUAAACCAGGUUCCGAUGGGCCCAGGACACUUCUGUACUUCUUACCGCAAAAUAUAAUUUUUAUGGGGGGGUGGGGAAGCUGAACCCUCAGCCAGUAAUCUGCCACUUUGAGACAGAUUCAAGGGCUUCUCGUGAAUGCUUGUGGGAUUGGCAGAACUGGAAUGGCAGGAGGUUGAGGUUAUUCUGUGCUCAGAGAAGACGCCGGUGGAUCUGUGUCUUAUCAGUGUGGAAAAUGUAAGUUAUUUCUAUUUGUCUUUAUCUGUGAAAAUUAAAAAAAAAAUGAUUCCCACUCAAGACUGCUUCAAAAUUUAAGAGGUCCCUGGUUUUUUUAAGCGAAGGUUUCCAUUCUGAAUACCAAGGUUCACAUAAGGCAAAAAAUAGAAGCGUGACAUUUGUCUGGGUCUUUGCUACUUACGCAGUGCGACAUCCGAUUUUUAUUUUGUUGGUGGGAAGGUGGAAUUGAAAAUAACAGGCAUUAUGAAAUGUUAAAUUUUAGCCGCUGCUGCUGUUGCAUUGGGUCAGAUUCUUAAAAGGUUUGGGACAUGUAAGUUGUCAUCCGUAGCGUUUCUCAUCUUAAACACUUCAGACAUUUUAAAGGCUGUACUUCAAAGGAGUUAUUUUUUUUUAAAUUGCCUGAUCCUUUUCAGCAUCUAAGAUCCGCAGCCGAGUAGAAUGGGAUUAUUAACAUGCUUCCUGUGGCCUGGACAGCUGUCUUCAGAGUAUAGAGCUAGUCCCUUCUACCAACAACCACUGAUUAAUGGAGAGAUGAUGUUUUUAAAUAAACAAAUUUAAUAAGCUCGUUUAAAAUUCACAUUAACACAUUGACAAAAAAAAAUUACACGUUUUAGACAAUAUUUUCAAGAGCAAUUCUUUGACCUUUCUUCAGACAUCUCAACAAAAAAAAGUAUUAACUGAACAUUUUGUGCUCCCAGAAACAUCUUUUGAGUACAAAAGUAUAAACAAAAGCAAAGGAAAUUGGUCAGUUGCCUACGGUUUUAAUUUGCAGUGGCUAAGCAGGAAUGCUUUCCUUUUAUGCUGUGGAGUAAGCUUUACACAAAA